AUGUCUUCAAGUAUUGACCCCAUUGUCGCCAAGGACGACACCAGCGGUGGUCCUUCAAAAGCCUCGUUAAACGGUGGAUUCCGUCCAACCCAUACCCCAGGCCGCAAUGACAACCCCAUGGUCAACGUCCAGCCGCCGCGAAGAGAGGAUCUCCAACCCAGCUAUGCCCAGACUCUUGCGGGUGAGAGCGAAGGUGCGCACGGCUGGUAUGGAAGCAUGAUCAACACUCUUGGUUCAUGCAUUGGAACUAUGGGUGCCAUUCCCUGCUGCAUCAUCUGUCCUAACCCCUACAAACCUGUCUCGCAGGGUAACGUCGGUCUCGUCACGAAAUUCGGUCGCUUCUAUCGUGCUGUUGAUCCCGGUCUCGUCAAGAUCAACCCGCUUAGUGAACGUCUUAUCCAGGUCGAUGUCAAGAUUCAGAUCGUUGAGGUUCCGAAGCAAGUUUGCAUGACCAAGGAUAACGUCACCCUCCACUUGACCUCCGUUAUCUACUACCACAUCACAUCCCCACACAAGGCUGCUUUUGGUAUCUCCAAUGUCCGUCAAGCCCUUGUUGAGCGUACACAAACCACGCUUCGUCACGUUGUCGGUGCUCGCGUCCUUCAAGACGUCAUUGAACGCCGUGAGGAGGUCGCUCAAUCGAUUGGAGAGAUCAUCGAGGAUGUCGCGUCAGGAUGGGGUGUGCAAGUCGAGAGCAUGCUCAUCAAGGAUAUCAUCUUCAGCAACGAACUCCAAGACUCGCUUUCCAUGGCCGCUCAAUCCAAGCGUAUCGGAGAGUCCAAGGUCAUUGCAGCUCGCGCCGAAGUCGAAUCCGCCAAGCUCAUGCGACAAGCCGCCGAUAUCCUGUCCAGCGCACCAGCCAUGCAGAUCAGAUAUCUCGAGGCUAUGCAAGCUAUGGCCAAGUCCGCCAACAGCAAGGUCAUCUUCUUACCAAGUGCCUCAACGGUUGGAAGUCAGAUGCAGGCGAUGGUUGGCGACGGAUCGAGCCAACAUGGCGGAAUUUCUGCUGCGCAGAAGUAUGACAAUGACUUUGGAGGUCAGGGAUCCGAUUUCCAACGGGCUAUUAAUGCCCACGUUGUCGAAAAUAUCUAA